AAAAGGUUACCUAUGAAAUUGGUUUUAUUUAUUUUUUUUUUUUUCACGACAAACAUCACAUCUCCAAAGCCGACCCGGUGCCGACCUCCUGCGUCCACCGUCUUCCCUAAACACGCAAACAGACACAUUCCCCUCGAUACACCGGCCGCGCCACCGCGGAAAUCGAAAUCGCAAGCGCAAUCGGAAUAGCAAUUGAUCACCCCCAUAUCCUCACCACCACAAUCACUUGCGGGCGUAGAGGAGGUUUCGGAGAGGAAGGAAAGGGAGAAAGGGAAUAAAGGGAAUAAUAAUAAUAAUGGAUCUGGGGCAGAUGGAGGAGGCGGAGAGCCUCCGCGUGGGGGUGACGGACGUGCUGCGAGAGUCGGUGUCGGUGCCGCGCGCAUCGCCGCGCACCUUCGCGCUGAUCACCCUCACCCUGAUCUUCCCUCUGUCCUUCGCGGUGCUGGCCCACUCCCUCUUCACCCACCCCAUCCUCCUGCACCUCCUCCGCUCGUACGACCGCGACGGCAGCGCCUCUUCCUCCUCCAGCUCGCGCGCCUCCGAGUGGUCCCUUCUGCUCCUCUACCAGUUCGCCUACCUCCUCUUCCUCUUCACCUUCUCCCUCCUCUCCACCGCCGCCGUCGUCUUCACGGUCGCCUCCCUCUACGCCGCCAAGCCGGUCUCCUUCGCCUCCACCCUCUCCGCCGUGCCCCCCAUCUUCCCCCGCCUCUUCCGCACCUUCCUCUGGGUCUCCCUCCUCAUGCUCCUCUACAACGUCGCCUUCGGCCUCUCCGUCCUCCUCCUCCUCCUCCUCUCCGACGCCCGCUCCGCCGCCUCCCUCCUCCUCCUCGCCGCCGUCGUCGUCGCCUUCCUCGCCGCCCACGUCUACAUCUCCGCCCUCUGGCACCUCGCCAGCGUCGUCGCCGUCCUCGAGCCCGUCUGCGGCCUCGCCGCCAUGGCCAAGAGCCGCCAGCUCCUCCGCGGCCGCACCCGCGUCGCCGCCGUACUCGUCACGGCCUACCUCGCCGCCUGCGGCCUCGUCGGGAGCCUCUUUCGCGCCGCCGUCGUCAAGUACCCCGAUGAAGAGGGCAGCAUCUGGGUCAGCCCCCUGGGCAAGGUCCUCGUCGGCGGGGCCCUCGUCGCCCUGCUCGUCCUCCUCAACCUCCUCGGCUUGCUCGUCCAGAGCAUCUUCUACUACGUCUGCAAGAGCUUCCACCGCCAGCCGAUCGACAAGACCGCCCUCUUUGAUCACCUCGGCGGAUACCUCGGCGAGUAUGUCCCUCUUAAGAGCUCCAUUCAGAUGGAAAAUCUCUCAUGAUGCGUGCACCCUCUCCCCCUUUCCCUUUCCCUUUCCCUUUCCCUUCCCCUUUUCGACGUGAGUGAGUUUCUUUUCUUUCUUUUUAUCCAUCCUCCCUUCCUUUAAGUCCCCCCUACACUAGUCUAUGUCUUUAUCUCCGUCUGCGUCUAUGUCUAUGUGGUUGGUACCCCCAAUCAAGCCUUUUUUAACUAAAUAACUGAGAGAGGACUGCGCGUUUCUCGUAGGAUAGGAUUGACAGAUGUAGAUUGUACUUGCUUAUGCAUUUCAUUUUUACUUAAUUUUAGUUUCUUUAUUUAUGUUCUAUUUUAGUGCCGUUUUGUUGGCUGACAUAUAUGUUCAUCGUAGUCGACCGAAAUUGAAGAAAAAGAAGAAAAUUCUAUGGACGGAGGAGGCUGCACAAUGUCCGUAAUUUUCUAUUAGCUUGUGGAGCCUUGUAUAGCAUAGUCUUAUAAAUCAAAAAGUCGUUGCAAAUUGAUAUAUAUUAAUGUGUCCAACACAGUCAUUUUGAGUUA